GUUGACUCACAGAUAAACACUGCUGAGCAGGAGCGAAGACUACUCCAAAGAAACAGUUUGCCUGCACAGCCUAUGCUAAGCUAAUAAAAAAAAAUAAAAUGCGGUUAUUUAAGAGAAAGAGUAGACCUAGGUGGAACGAUAUCAGGAGACCUUUAAUAGAGAACAACAACAACAAUAUACCAUGUGAGCACCACCAGGCAGGUAAUGAAAACCCCUCAGCUCAGGACAUGUUCAACACCCACACGGAACAACCCUUACAGAGUGAGGAGGAGAUCCCGCCUCAGCCAUUAGCUGAACGUCUUGGUUUGACCCCUGAUGCCUGCAUCACUGAGGACCAGAAAGAGAAUGUUGCUCACCUCAUUCAAAGAUCUGUGUCCCAGCACUUCCCAAAGCCACCGGCAGAUCUGAACCAGAACCUUCAGCAGCACCUGUUAAAUGUGCAGGAAACUUUUCACAAUGAGCGUUUGAAGCUGGGUCCACAGAGGACAUCUACGGAGUUGGAAUGUCUGAUUGUCAUCUACCAUAUCAAGACAUUUCAUCACCUCAUGGAUCUACUCCAGAACAUCAGCUCCUCCCAGAAGUUCUUUGUGCUGAUGAAGUGGGUCCUGCAUACAUAUCUGAGUCAGGACCUGCUUGGUCAUCCCGAACUUAAAGAAAUGGAUCCCAUAAAAAAAGUCGACCUCCUACUGUUGACAGAAUGGGUCCAAAAUGCAAAGAACAAACUGCUUGAGAAAGUGCAGAAAGAGGUCAGAGAAUCACUGGAGAAUAUCCUGCAGAUUGAGAGAAGCCAACAAGGUUGUGAUUGUGAGGAAGCUUAUGUUCAACUUUAUGUGGACACUAUUCAGUGCAUUGAGGCCAAGUCAAAAGAAGCAAAAAAAAUCAGCUUGAAAGUAUAUUUUCUUGUGCAGAAGGUUUGUUUCCAAGAGCUGCUGACAUUUCUGAAGAGGUACACAGUUGAGCAGGCCAAGAUUCUUGGGGAAAAGGCGAAAAUAGACGCACCAGAAACAAUAUACUUCUUCAAGACUUUGAAAACCUGCAUCGAAUUAAAGCGGUUCGUCCAGACCAAACGUAAACACAUCAAAAGUUCGCUUUGCAAUGAAAUUGUGGCAACACUUGAAAACAUGGAAGAUUUUACUUUGAAACUUCUGCUGGACGUUGUAUCUGAGAUUGCAGAGAUCCACCUCGCGAAGUACUUCAAAUCGAGGAACAAGCACUUUUUCUUCUUAAUUGACAUAGUAAAGAUGCAUUUCCCCAAGUUGUCGUACUGCAAGGAUGUACUAAAGAUAGUGAUGGACGGGGUCUAUAAUAUCAUCGCUCACGUUUACCUCAAAUAUCUGGUCCAAAGCCGCCAGAGCAAACUGGAGAGUUGCUGGAAUCCUAAUGUCGGGCAAACUGUCACUGAAGAUGCUGAGCUACUUCACUACACCAUCUUAGACCUGGCUCCUGGUGUAAGACAGUGGAACUUCACGCUGCUGAAAGUCCCAGAGCUGUUGGAGUGCAGAGACACAGAAGCGGUGAAGAUCAUAGUUGCAGUCAUGCAGCAUGCAUGUCCCACAUGGAGCGACAACCUGCAGCUCCUGCCCGCGCUGCUGCGAUUUAAGGGUCUUUCUUGGGGGCAGGUCAAGGAGGUACUGGAUGCCCUUCCUGGGCAACAACCCGUAUCUAUAUUCUGGUUCUACUUUUUUAAUUGCUGGUGAAGACUGAGCUGCUCUACAGAGAAUCAACAGCAACAAACACAGAGACGGAGCUGAUUGUCCAAAACGUUUGAGAGACUCUUGAUGAACUUUUCCGAUCAACUGAAUCCUGUUAAAACUCCGUUACUGAUGUCAAUACUCAGAUAUAAUCUAUAGAUAAGUAUAUAAAGACAAGUUACAAGUUUUUAUAAGCAAUGAAACUAAAAGUGUUUUUGUCAUUUCAGAAAACUCAUUUUUGUUGAAUCUUGUUUGCGAAUAUUUCUCUUUUUUAUGAGAAAUUAUGUAAAAUGACUGAAUCAGCGCACGCAUAACUUUCAAUGCUUGUGUUGUUAAAAACGUCAUCCUUAUUUAUCAUGCUUCAUAAAAUGACAGGAUUGCUAAAUCUAUGCAUUGGUAGCUGAUAGGUUCUCUUUUUAGUUAAGUUUUAAAACCAUCAUGUUUUUUUAUGUUGUUAAAGUGUUACUUGUGUAUGUUUUUAAAUAUUUAAGGGAUUUAUGCUUGAGGGCUAUUUGCAUGAUGUCUCAGGGUGAUUGCACGUCGUUAACAGUAAAUUCUGAUGAUAAUUUAGCUGAACUGGUGUUACGUAGUUUAUA